UGAGAUUCAUUCUGAGGAAGUAUCGUGGUUUUUCCCUUAUCUGUUAACCAUUUUGCGUCACGUUAAAAAAUAUAAACUUUCGUGGAUAAGUUCUCUUACAUGAGUAGUAUAAGUGACAUUAUUUCUUGAUUUCUAUCAAAAACUACAUCGUUCUCACACAUAGUAGUGGCAAUAUUUCCAAGAUGCAUAAAAUAGCUGUAAUAAUUUUUUGUGUUGUUGUAAAUACUCUAACGGUAGACUGUGGAGGAGGUGAGAAAUGUAUCGAUAAAAUUUGUUACUCUGACCCUUCUUAUCCGCUGAAAGAAAUAGAACAAUAUUGGCACUUUGGCCAGACUGCAUUGACUAGUGCUUUUGGUAACCCCAAAUCAGGGUCUGGAUCUAUGAUAAAAUCCACUACAAAAACCUGUGAACUAUGUCCUACUAUCCGUAGUAUGAAAAUACAACCUCUAAGUAUAAUUGAAGAUGGAAAUCAGAAGUUGUAUAUCAUAAGUACAGAAAAAUAUCCAAGACCACAAAUUGAAAUUCACAUAUGCAGGCCACAUAGUGAAUGUAAUAUCUCUGAUCUCCCGGACGAUUAUGUAACUAGAUGUGUUCAAAGGAACAGUCAGAUGAAUGUGUUAGCUUAUAAUGCAAGUUCUAGACAAUUCGUGGGAAAAACAAUAACAUUUCCUAGCCAUUGUGAAUGCUUAGUUUCAGUAUAUGCUCUGUAGAAAACAUUUAUUUUAUGUUUUUAAUAAAAAGAUGUUCAAAAU